AUGCAUUCGUAUGCCCCCAGGAGAUGUCUGUGCAUAGUUUUUUUCGGGAGAAUUCAGACAACGUUUCUGCAUGGACUAUACAAAAUUUCCUUCAUUGUUAUCCAUCAGAUCUCCCAAAGUACUGCAGUAGCCUUUCGAAAAUUAAAUCAUAUAAAGACAUUGCAGUGUCCAUACGGAAAUACUGUAUACAACAGAUGGAAUUCUUGGGCUCUACUGAAGGUCAAACCCAUGUCCGCACCUUGGAGGCAAAGAAUCGAACUAGAAUAAACACUAAGCUUAUUCAAGAAAAUGAACUUGAUCUUUCACAACGAGAUACAAUUUCCCAACAAGAUGCUCAGCUUGCCCCUGGACAGAAAGACAUUCCCAUUGAAACAGAGAUCUUAAUUCAAGACGAAGCCCAGGGUAUCAGAUCAUCAAAACGUCUUCGCGUGACACAAAGUAUCAGUGAAGAAAGCGACGACAAUAUUGAAGAAGAUGAAGAUCAUGAUGAUAGUGAAUUUGGACUUGUGCGGGACGUUCUUGAAGAUAACAGCGAUGAUGAUGUUAACGCUUUUCUCUACGGCUCACAAGAAAAUGAGGCAUCAUCAUCUACGUCAUCGUCUUCACCGUUACUAAGACCAUCUAUACUCCCUGAAGAUCAAUCAACCUGUGGCAAGUCUAAGUACCAAGGACGGAAGAAGAGGUUUGAGAGUCUUGAUAUGUCACGCUUUUGGAAGUUGAGGUCGGGACGGACAGUUGAGGAAAUAUUGUUUAAUGGCAGUUUAAAGAAAAAUGCCCCUGUCUCGAUUCGCUCUUGUACAGUCAACUUUGAUUGCAGUGUAACUAAGGCACUUUUCUCAAACGAAGAGUGGCAUGAACUUGAGGAACACAAUGAUUUCACGUUCCCUCGCUUAGCAACCACUAUCACUGACUACAUUAUGGCCCUCCGAUCGGCAAUGCUAGCAGGCCGUCAUGUUACCACAGUCCCCUUACCAGACCAGGAUCAAUUUUCUUGCGAGCUAAUAAUGACUACAUGCAUGAGAUGGGCCAGGAUGUAUGCAAAGUCUCCUACCCCUUUUACUUCAAGGGACCUUUCCGAGUCAUUUUGGGCUCGUUCGUCUUGGCCACUGCUUAAGGAAUUAUUUGACGAUGUGUCUGAGAUCAUCAUGAUUGAUGGUGAGAAAGCCGGACUAGAAUCGAAGAUUAGGAGGAACAAAUCUAGACGAACUGAAAGUGACGCCUCAACAAGACGGCGCAUUGGUCGUAAACUCGACUUGGUUGCAAGAAAUUACUUACGAAAGGAGGAUUGGUUCAUAGUUCAAUUUAUGAAUGAAUGGAAUCCUAAAGCCCCAAAGUUCCUUGUUGAAGCAAACGUCCAUCUUUUCCGUGAACUUCACAAUAUCAUGGUACAUCGUUUACAGCAAGCUAAAAAUGAUGAUUUCCAAACGAGAGCGAGGUUUUUUAGCAUUUAUGCAGGUGAUCGAGGCUUUCGAACAUUGGAAUUGAGGGCUGCAGGUUCUAGGACUUACGUUGCGCUAUGCAAGAUUCAUAAAUGCUAUAGCUUGCCUCCGUUCUAUGAUAAUCUUUCAAAACAGUUUCAAAGUUUGACUCACAUUCUUCAGCUAAGGGUAAUACAGCUUUGCUAUAUCCACUUUACUACACAAAGUUUGAUACUUACACGUUUGUUUUUCUUGGCUGUAGGCCUGUGCUUCAGAAACGAUAUAUCUUUACCAGCAGGUCUUGAGAAACCCAUACGGACUCAAUGAAAGUGAUGAUUGGCUGUAUGAAAAUAGUAACGUCAGUCUGGAUGAUGAGACCCUUGCCUCUUCUCCUUAACAGCAUCAUUUAUUCCACCUUGAGUCAAACACUUUUAUAUCAUUUGAGUUACUUGAUUAAGACUUGUCCAGCAUCGACCAAAUUGUCUCAUACUGUCGUUACAUCAACACUGUUUGUAGAUAGGGAUAGUAGGAAUAAGUACAUCGGACAAACAGUUUGCAAAUAAAAUAAAAAAAAACCCCC